AUGACAGUAGCGUUACCUGCAGAAACACCCGAGGCUCUUCAUUUACAUUACAUUACUGUCACCACUGUACCUUAAUGCCGUGCGUGUUGCCUCGUGGUUGCACUUGUCCACAUGGAGGAAGAGGAGCAGCUGCGGCCCUUCAUGUUCCUGAUGACUUACAUGAUGCUGAAGCGCAGGAGAGAUUUAUACAACGCGAACACUCAGAGGCGCGGUGAGAUCCAGAGACGCAUCAGACAUCGGCAGUACUUCCUCCAGAGGCAGAGGAGGACGCUCAUGAUGAUGAUAGCAGGAGGUAUGCGCUCCAACGUCCGCGUCCGCACACGUCCAUGGUCCACCACUCCAAGCACUGAUUGGUGGGAGCGGGUGGUGAUGACAGAAUUCCAGCCCUCUGAUUGGCUCAAUAAGUUUCGAAUGAGCAGGGAGACGUUCUUCUACCUGUGUGACAAGCUGAGGCCCCGUCUGGCUCGCCAGGACACCAGCUUCCGCCUGGCGCUGCCGGUGGAGAAACGCGUAGCAGUGGCUCUGUGGCGCCUGGCGUCCAACAUCGAGUAUCGCACCAUCAGUACCUUAUUUGGAGUGGGGAAGUCCACUGUGUGCAGGUGUGUUAGGGACAUGUGUCACGCCAUCGUGGCACUCCUCAGCUCCAUCUACCUGCGGCCGCCCAGUGAGCAGGAGCUGGAGGACUCAGCUCGGCUCUUUCUGUCCAAUUGGGGCUUCCCUCACUGUGUCGCUGCCAUAGCAACACUCCACACAGCCAUCAUCACGCCAUCAAACAACGCGUCCGAUUAUGCCAACCCUGCAGGCUGGCUCUCAGUGCUGUCGCAGGUGGCUGUUAGUGGCCGGGGGCAAUUCUGGGAUGUAUGUGCCAGUUUCCCAGGUGGGACGGACCCAGCUGACAUCUUCCAGAACUCAUCACUGUGUGCCACAGCUGCAGAGGGAGGACUGUCGCCUGCCCUGCCACCUGUCUUCAUGGGAAAUUCACUCCGGUAUGUGCUGCUGGGGGAGGCCUGCUACCCUCUGCAGAGCUGGCUAAUGAAGGCCUAUCCUGAGGAAAAGGGCAGGGGCAGCAGCACAGCACUGACCCAGCCACAGCGGCUCUUCAAUGGGCAGCUCACCAGAGCGCUGCGUGUGUCUGAGGAGGCUCUGCUAAAACUCAGGGCACGCUGGCAGUGUCUGAGCAAGAGGAACGACUGUGGACUGGACGUGGUGCCCACCAUGAUUCUAGCUUGCUGCAUCCUGCACAACAUGUGUGAGUCCCACGGAGACGCCUUCAGGGCAGAGUGGCAGGUGGAGGUGACAGAGGCAGAGAGCCCUCAGCCCACACACAGACAGCCUUUAACCCACAGCAUCGACCAAAGUCAGGCUGAGGAGGUCCGACAACUCUUCCAUGACUAUUUUGAAGAACAGAAUAAUUAAAAAAGUCUUUCUAAACAAAAGACUAAGCUAAGUACAUGUACUUUAAAGUGGACCUAUCAUGCUAUAUUUGAAUAAUAUAUUGUAGGGCCAUACCU